ACAUACAUAAAGUCAUUAACACAUAAUUAACAACUCUAUAUAUAACACCCUAUAGCCCAAUGUAGUUGCUCUCAUUCAACAAAAACCCUAAAUUAUUACUUACUUCAAAGAUGGAAGAAGCACAAAAGCAAGAUGAAGGAGGGUGGCUGAAUUUGAGUGUGACUAGCACUACUAGUCCUCCUCUUCCAAUAGAAGCAAGGAAGACGUUCCCGUGCAACUUCUGCAGGCGUAAAUUCUACAGCUCGCAGGCGUUGGGAGGGCACCAGAAUGCUCACAAGAGGGAGAGAGGUCUUGUCAGACAUUAUCAGACAGGAAGGAUUGUGAUGGCAAGAUCACUUGGUGUACAAGCUCACUCUCAGAUUCACAAGCUGCCUGUGUCAUGCCGGGCUGAGGAGGGAAGGCCGGGCCAUGGAUUGGGAGGUCAUAUCUUGUAUGAAGCAGCGGAUCAUGCAGUUUGGCCGGGGAGUUUCAGAUUCGGACAUCAACAGGCGAAGAAGGAGGACGAGGAGGAGGAGGAAGUUCUUGAUUUGAAUCUUAAACUUUGAAAUUAUUUUAGUAUGUUGUAAGAAUUAAGAUUACUUAUAGUAUUUGAGUGAUGUAACA